CUUGUAUCCAUACCGGUGCUUUUCCAACACUUGUCACCCGUUAGUUCUGAAACUGCGCCUCACCUUCAACCUCCUCCCUCUUCAUCAACGACACCUCACCUUCGAAGGGUUGAGAUUUCCACUCAUUUCUAUCGAUUUUUUUUGUCCUUCCUCUCGACCUCAUCUCCUUCGUACGCGUCCGAUUACUUUAUCCCCCGCGAUACCAUGGCCACCGAGGCCUCCAUCGCCCUCACCAACCGCUCCCUCCGUACCAUUCGCACCGAACUUGAAUUUCUUGCAGACUCCUCCAUCAUCUCCCCUGAACAGCUAUCGUCCAUUCUCGCUCAAUUACCAGCCCAGACACCUCUACAUGCUCCUCUCCAGACCCCCGUCAAUAAUGUCUCAACAAACACUCCAGUUGAUCAAUUCUCGAACAUGAGUCUGAAGGAACAUUAUGCCCCAGUCCCAACACCUGCACCUUUACCUCCUCCAGCAUAUGUGCAGACACCACAGAUACUAUCAAUUGCAACGGCGCUUUAUGCAUAUACCCCCACAGAUGCUGGUGACCUGGCGCUACAGCAAGGGGACCGGAUACAGGUUACAGAGCACAUGAACAAUGAUUGGUGGCGAGGCCGCAAUGAACGUACCAACAUGGAAGGCAUCUUCCCUCGAAGUUAUGUCAAUGUCAUUGAGGAAAAAGGACGGCCCCCUUUGCAACCUCAGCCAUCAGACUAUGGAAACAUGCCACUCCAAGUAGCCCAAGGUGGCAUGACGACUGGUCCUGAUGGGCGGAAAUACAGCAAGCUGGAAGAGCAAGGCAAGAAAUUUGGCAAGAAGAUGGGAAAUGCCGCUAUUUUCGGUGCUGGUGCCACGAUUGGCAGCAACAUUGUCAAUGGCAUAUUCUAAUGAUGGUUUUAUUUCUUAUAAUGUCAAAUUUCAGCCGCAACAGGCUACGAUCAGGGAUUUGGGUAGAACAACAAGCGCCUUUUCGCUGUGAAGGGCGUCACCUCAAGGGGAGUGAUUACGGUUCCACACCACAAAAAUUGGGAAAUUCUUAUGUCAAACAGGCGUGCAUGGGCAAACGGCGCAGGAGAUUCCGGGAGAGUGAUGAAUGAUUGAUUGGGCUAAGCAGCAACAGCCUUUCACCCUCAGAACUACAUUUCUUUUGUGAUGUAUCCGGAUUGGGAGCAAUCAACCAAAUUUUCCUUCACCAGAGAGAUUGACCACUUCGCUUCUGGAUGAUGAUGAUGGACUGGGAUUGCAAGUCGCACAUGGCAGACUUUGCAAAUUUUGAGCCACAGUCCUGAUUAGAAUAUGCAAGAUUUUUUUUGCUGCAAAUAUUGGUAUCUGAUAAGGUUCAAUUCUCUAUCUGUGUUGAAUUCCGGGGUAUCUUUUAUCAUCAUAUCCCAAAUCUGAUCAUCCUGAUCUGCUCGCGCCUUUCUCAAUCAUUAGCGUCGAGUUCCUUUCACCUCAGCUUUCCCAAACGAGGUGCAUAUCAAGCGUGUCGCGUAAAUAAUGUACCGGUCACCGCCUCUUAUUCUAAG